CGUAAUGUCGACGUGACGUCAGGAAACUGGCGACAGUAUGACGGAGAAAGUUGACUCAGUAAUUUGAGGUUUUAUGUAUAUUUAUGUUUAAGUAUGCAUCGCCAAGCUACACGUGUCCAACAGUUCAUCUUGAAUUGCUGGUUAGCAUUUGCUUUAAGUAGAUAAUACUGACAAGAUGGUGAUCGCGGGAGAGCACCACGCGAAGAACACGUAAUAUCAACAGGUGCCCGAAAAUGAAACUUGAUUUCGACCAUGUGCUUUUGUUGACCUCGUUUAAUGAGAUAAAGUUCUAAAAAGGAUGAGGACUAUCUUGGUGGAUUAGGAUUACCAGUUUAUCAUAAAGGGGACUGAAAGAUGGCGAGCACAACAGUUUACCUAGCAGGUGUAAAGCAAGGGGAUUCUCAUUUACUCCUACCAUUGCAGUCGGCAGCCAUAUUGUUUUUAAGUGAAUAUUGCAUAAGUGACACAGUUGACUUCCAUUUGACAUUGGUAGAUGAAGGAAUUGAUCAAUCUGUUUGUGUGACUGUUAAUCAGAGUAUUCUUUGCAAAUACAGCCAUACAUUUGUAAAUCAGGAGGAAGGUUAUCGGAACUGUGCUCUUCCAGUAAUUGUGGAGGAGGGAGGAAAGCUGAUCAGAUCAGGUCUCUGCAGCAUUAUUCGUCAAAUUGUCAUCAUUGCCCAGAAACGUUCUCCUGCUGAAGAUUUUGAAUUUUUAUUGGGAUUCCGUGGUGGAAGUUUAAAGGCCUGUGCUGAGGUUUCAGGAUGGACCAAGCUAUGUGAAGUGGACUUCCCAAACAGUGUCAGUGAAUUGAUUCAACAAAUCAGAGAGAUUAAAAAUGCUGAUAGGGAAGGCACCGAACAGAUUGAAAUACCAGAAAAUGUGAUGAAACUAGAAUUGCAUUUGCAGACUCCUGCCAAACUUCACACUGAGAACAAACAUAAAAAGUGUUUAUUAUCACAAGUGAUCCAAGAAGCAGAGCAGAUUGACAGUAUUUCUAAACUUUCACAGUUUAAAUUACAACAUGAUUUUCCAUCGACACAUUGUGUUACUAGAAUCAGUUUGAAAUCUAAUGACCAUAUUGAGUCAGCGGAACCUGGAAGCAAGUCAAAUUCCUGUGAGAAUGGCAAAUCUGUUGAAAAUCAGAAAAUUGAAAAUAUAAUUAGCUCGCAACUAAAGCAAAAUAAUCAGCCAAACAGUUGCAAUGAUGAGAAAUCUUUCCAAAGUGUUGAGGAACUUACAAGCUUUUUGAAGACAUUGACACUGCAUGACGUUGAUCUGGUUCAUUUAUAUGCUGAAGGAAAAUCAAUCACAGUGGCUGACCUGAUCCUUUUCCCGUUUGUGUACCAUUUAUUGGAGGUUUUGUCCUUUAAUCUUCAAUACCUCAAUGGGCAUGUGCCUCGAGUCAUCUCCUGGGUCCGACACAUGAGCACUUUGCCACGGAUACAGGAAUGUGCAAGGAAUUGUGGGUACAACAUGGCCGUUUUAGACUCCUCUGAUGUUACAGCCGAUUCUGGACAAGAGGAAUUGAGUUUAUGUUUUGUUACUCCUUCCCCAGAGCAAGAAAAACAGGAGGAUGACUUGGAACUUAGUCGCAGAUGUAGAUCCAAGUCCCGGCCCAUCAAACCAGAAGUAGCAAGUGCAUUGGAAAAGGUCAAGGAGAGCGACAUCAGUGUGGAGCUAGGACAACACCCCUGUGGAAUGGCGGUGGAGCUGGUGUGGGACAAUAUUCCUGAGGGGGUACACCCUGGUGCUGACUUACCAAAGAAGCGCCUAAUGAGGAAAUGUCAACAAUUGGAGAAUCUGGUGACCGCUGUCCAAGCUAUGGCAAAACCAGGGGACAUCAUUGUUGACUUCUGUAGUGGAGGGGGCCACCUUGGAUUAGUCAUAGCCUAUCUGAUGCCAGAUUGUCAGAUAUAUUUGGUCGAGAAUAAUGAGUCAUCCUUAAUGCGUGCCAAGAGUCGUGUGGACAAGGCCAGACUCACCAAUGUUACCCUCUUCCAGUGUAACCAGGAUUAUUUCCGCGGGAGGUUUGACGUGGGGACCUGUCUGCAUGCUUGUGGCUCAGCUACAGACAUGGUUCUACACCAGUGUCUUCAGAACAAUGCAAACUUUGUUAUCUGCCCUUGUUGCUAUGGUGGCAUCCAAAACACACACUUGAUGUCGUAUCCCAGGAGUCAACGUUUCAAGACAGCCAACAUUCCAUCCAAGGAUUUUAUUGUGUUGGGUCAUGCUGCAGAUCAGACAGAAUUUAACAGAGAUCUCGAAGAACAAGGUAAAUACUGUAUGAACCUUGUGGAUACAGACCGUGCAUCACUAGCCAGAGAGAGUGGAUAUACCGUGGAUUUGUGUUCUCUAAUUCCUCCUUCAUGUACACCCAAAAAUAAUAUCCUCAUCGGACGUCCUAAUGUUUGUACUGCAGUCAAGUCCUAACACACCAUCUUCAUAGGACAUACUCAAAGGACAAUCUAAUGAAUCAUCAAUAUAGGACAUCUGAAUGUGACAUCUUCAUAGGAUACCCUAAUAUGACAUCUUUGUAGUACACCCUGCAGUGGCACCUUUAAAGGACAUUGUAAUGUGGCAUCUUCAUAGGCCGUCCUAAUGUGGCAUCUUCAAAUGGACAUUCCUAAUGUGGUAUCUUAAAGGAUGUCUUCAUGUGGCAUCUUUAGAAACAUCAUAUAUCUUUAUAUGCUGUUAUAGUAAAACAUUGCGUGAUAUCUUUUUUGUGUGUACUUGUCGCAUGAUCAGAGUAAGUUACCUUCAUAUGGCGUCCUAAAGUGACAUUUUCAUAGGAGCAGCUAGUGUGGCCCCUUCAGUGGACAUGCUAAGAUCAAGAACAAAAUCCUUAUCUAGGGGCUAGGAGAUUCAGUCGCCUCAAUCUACUCACGGAAAAGGUAUUUGUGGAGAUAGAGCAAAAACAACUUUCUUAUCACCGGUCAGUUCCAUUGAAAUAUUCUAAUUUUACUGUGAUAUGAGACAUUGUGUGCUAAUAAAUGCAUGAAAUUAUU